UUCUACAUAUUGGAUCAAUUUUACACCUGGAAUUAGCUGAGACAGGAUUAUAUUACCUAUCACAGAUUACAUCGUAUUUAUUUUUAUCACACUUUAGUGAGAUAAUUCUGUCAAAUAUGUUAUUCAUUUGCUUCUUUGAGGGGACACUCACUACCACUGAUGAUACUGACUGGGAUAAUUGAUAAUCACCUAAUAUAAUGGGAAAUGGCUGAAGAUCUUCCUUCAACGUCCGAUGAUAUCCCAAAUGGAAAUACAGGGAAACCACUUAGUGAUCUGGACUCACCGACAACUCCAGAUUCUGGUUGUAAUUAUGACUCUGGAUUAGAAAAGUCAGAAAUUAAGUCAGAUUCUUUAGGUUCAUCAUCAUCAUUAUCCAGCAGUGAUGAAGUUGGACAUGGAUCUACUAAUGGACAUAAAAGUACACAUGACCCUAAAAAUAGAAUGAAAACUCCACAGACCAGCUCACCAGUUUGUGUCAGUACACAGAAAGGAAAUGUUAGAUUUGACAUUGACAGUCGCCAUGAUUCCGUGGCGAGUUUUAUUUCUGAUGUUAGUAAUGACACAUCUUUUUCUAUAGACUCUAGAGAUGUUCUUCAUCCGGCUGAAGUUCGUGUUCCAAUUGUUGGAUAUGAGAUAAUGGAAGAAAGAGCUAAAUUUACUGUGUUCAAAAUAAAAGUACAGCGAACAGAAGGUGACAGUUGGUAUGUGUUUAGGAGGUAUACAGACUUUGUCAGACUCAAUGAAAGGGUUAAGAAGAGAUUUCCUGGAUUAAGUCUGGCCCUACCCCCAAAACGAUGGUUUAAGGAUAACUAUGACAAGAAUUUCCUAGAAGACAGAUUGUUAGGAUUGCAAGCCUUUGUAGAUAAUUGUACUUCACACAAGGAUAUAUGUAACAGUAAGCCAGUGAGAGAGUUCUUCUGUUUUGAUGAUCCACCAGGUCCACAUGACAGUAUAGAGGAGAGUAGGGUAUAUUGUGAAUCUUUAGAGGACUCAGUCAGUACCUUCAGAACCAUAAUGGAUGCUAAAGACAGAGAAAUAGAACUUCUUAAAGAACAAUUAGAUCUAUACAAAGGGCAGGUAGAGGAACUCUCCAAAACUCUAAGCACCCAGACUUUACAUGAAAGUAAGAUCAACAGACAAAAGUUAAAGGAAUAUUCACCCAGCUGAUCAGAGAAAUCCUUAUCAUGAUCUCCAUGUCCUGUCUACAUUCCAAAAGUAGAAACCACAUAUCACGCUGAUCAUUUUGUUGAUGUCUUCUAUUACUUGUAUGUUAAAUCACACAAGAGCUGAUAUCUUAGUGAACUGAACUAUUUCUAUCCAGUCUCCAUUAAUUUCACAAGCAUUUUUUAUUUAUAUUUGGAUUUUUUUUUGAUUCUGAGUAAAAUUGAUUGAUUAUAAAGGUGUCAUUUAUGUCGAAAUUUGUAAAAUCAAAGUUUGUAAAAACAGUGGUUUCACUUGCAUAAAAUGCCCAGUGGUGUUAAAUACCUGUAAACUUGCGAGUUAAAUUGCAUAUUUGUCAUCAAAAGACUUACAAACUGAUAAUUUUAAAUUAUUUAAUUUGUUCUCAUCAAUAUUUAAUGUUAAAAUCUUGUUCCAUUCAAAAUUUUGCAUUUCUUUUUUCUCUCCACUUAUAUUACCAAGAAUUUAAAAUAAACGAAGGAGCUGAUUCAGAAAUUCUGUAGCACUAAGGGAACAUGACUGCUUUUGAUGGUAUGUUUGGUCCAGACAUCAAGGAUUAUGAGACUGCUCAACAUAAUUUACAAACAGAAGUUGCAUUUUUAUAUUAAUCCAUUGUUGAUUUUCGUAUCAAGUAUUCUUUUGUUUUUUUGUGUCUUGAUUUAAUUUUUCAGAGGGUUGUGGAGUAAUAUUAACAUAUGUCUUUAUCACAGGCCAUGAUUGUAGUAUUGUAGUUAUAAAAAAUGGCACACAUUAAUUUAAUAAUUAGGACUGUUCCACCAAAGUAUGCAUGGUACCCAUGGAAGGCAUGUUGAAGAUAGAGUAACCACCCAUAGAAGCAAUUUUGGAAAUCUGCAUACAUUUUAAACUUGCACAUCAUAAUAUUUCACACUAUCCAUAGCUGGUAAUUCAGUUGCCUUCCCUGCGUCUCACUUGCCUUAGCUGGGUCUCACGUAUGUUUUAUGGAACAGCUCUUAAAAAGUUUGGUUCAAAAAGAGAAACAAUAAAAUUUUCUAGUCAAAUAAGUGUUCAGCAUAAUAAAGUCCCCUUAUAUAACUAUAUAUAACCUUAUAACCAUUUUCAGAUAAAAAAUUCUGUUUUAUUAUUAGUCAUAGGGAUCAAGUAAAUGAAUAUCAAUCUGUACAAUUUUCUAUUUUGAAGUUAUGUUUUUCUCCAGCAUUUAGGUAUAGAAACUGUUGGUUGUGACUGUAUACAGUUUUGAAUUGAAAAUUGAAUAAUACUAACAUAUUCCUUGUUCUUAAAUAAUCUGUAAAACCAACAAUAAUCAAAUAAUGUGGCCUACAGUUUAUUCAUAUAUAAAUAUAUGUAUUUAAAGUUCCAGAACAAUGUAGUUUGUGCUUAUUUAUAGGACAGGGUUUUGCUUUGUAUUAUUUUAUUUUAUUUUUUUAUUUUUAUUAUUAGUUCAUUAUUCAACUUUUUCUAAUGUAUUUUUUAUAUUUUGUCUAAUGUUAUAAGUAAUAUAAAAGUUGCUUGCCAAAUUGUUAAGCUUUUGCUCAUUCCAUUGUAUGAUUAUUAUCACAUUGUAUGGUGAUUACUUUGUUAUCUUUAGAUUGUUAAUUUUAGGUUGUGCUUUGUAAUGUUGAUUAGUAAUAGUUGAUAACAUUGAUAAGGAAAAAUAAUUAUGUAUUCUUUACAAUGAAACCUGUCUAAAGUGAACCCUGUGUAAACUGGUAACCUGCACUUACCUGCACUCUUGAUGUGAAUAUCCAAUAGUAAUAUAACCUGUGAAUUAGAAUCACCUGUAUACUGUAAAUUCAGAAAUGUUUGUGUGCAUUUUAUUGUGAUUUUUGAACAAUGGACAAAAAAUGUAAGAUUAAUCAUCGUGAUGUCAGCAAAUGCUGCAUAGAAAUAAUGCUUAUUAAAAAUGUGAUUUUGUUUUGUGGAAUCCUAUCCUGUCACAAAUUUUCGCAAUAAUGAAAACAUUGCAAAAAUUUAAGAAUCUACAGUUAUCUAAACAGAAUCUUCAGUUUAUACAGGGUUGACUGGCGAUAUAUUAUGAUGAGAAUGACUAUAUUACAGUCGGAAAAUUUAGUGCCUUUGUUGAUUUAGAGAAUCUGUAGUAUUGUGACAUUUGUUUAGGAUAAACUGGUUUUCAUAGGUUCCAUUUUAUGUAUUUUACUUUGAGAAGUGUUCUCAUAGGUUCUUUAAUGACAUACUAUACUUACUGUAAGAUUUAAGUAAGGAUAACAUAGAGCCAUUGAAAAUUUUUUUUUAACUGUUUAGACCAAUUUUCAAAACUUGAGAUUUUCCAUAGUUGUUUCUUUUUUUGUAAUUUAAAUGAGAAACUAUGUGGAAAUGAUAAUUGACACCAAAUUAACAUUUUCAGUCUGACCGUAUAGAGAUUUUACAGUAAUUCUAAGUCAGGUUAACAGUUGAAGGGAGACAAUACGGCUGUCUAUAGUAUGGAUUGACUAUUCCUUGACUUAACAGAUUUUUACCCCAUGAAAAUGAACAAAAUAUGAUACCUAAUCAGAAAAAAAGUAUCAUUGCUUACCAAGCUCAUUUAUUUUAUUUUUCUAAUUAAUCCUCAUUCACUGAAAUAUGUAAAAAAAAUUCUUAGUCUAAUUUAUAACUGGGAAAUGGCCUGUUUUGAAGUUGUCACUUUGAAAUAUAUAUAUCACUAAGGAUAUUUUUACAGGCUUUAAUAAAAUAUUUGAAAUGGCAUUAUAUGUUAAACAACAUGUACCAUUACAUAGCAGAAAUAAUCAUUAUUGAUCACAUCCAUAUAACCACAUUGUAAACAUUGGUUCUAUAUUGGGGUAUAACUCAGUCCCUAUUCUGGUCCUGGUGGAUAUUUUUUGUGCUUAUCAUAUUUAAUACUAAGUUUUGUACAGUUAAACAUAAAGUUUUAACAGAUAAAAAUGAUACUGGGGCAUCAUUUAUUUUCGUCGAUGCUAUUUUUCGUGAUUUCACAAAAUGUUGCCGUUAAAAGGACACUUUUUCCCUUGUUUUGUCAUCCCAUCCAUGCAACUGAAAACUUGUUAUUGUUAAGAGUUUAAAUUUGUGGUUUGCCUCUACCCAUAAAAAUUAGAGUGCCCCGGAGUAAUAAUAAAUCCUCAGUAUAACUGGAACUGUAUUAAUUAAGGUGUAAACUUGACAAUAACUGGUAUUCUUGUAUAUGUUAGACAUAUGCACAACAAGUAAUAUGUGCCAUACACCUAAUGCUUUGUCACACACACUAUUACAUGUAGUAGAAAUUUUAUGUUUUUUAGUUGAUAAAUCCAAUGUAGAUACACUGUCUCUUUUUUGUUUGAAAAGUUUGAAAAUUUCACCAUAAGGAUGUUUGCUUUAUAUUUUUAAACUUUUCAUAACUCCUCAGAAGUUUUCCUAGUUAAUGCUUAAUUAACUUUAUUUGUCAAUAUUUAUUAAAAUCAUACAACUUAAAUAAUCUUCUAUUAAACAAAUUAUUUCUAAUUCUUAUUUUUUUUAAUUUCAAUUUUUAAAUAGUUAUACAUUUAUUUCUACCCAUAUAUUUCCAGUUAAAUUUUGAGAUGUCCAUCUCUCCUUAGAAAGUCUAGAUUUUAAAGACCUCAUUUAUGAUAUGUUGUCAUUUCAGUAUACAAACAUCUUUAAACUGAGAUAAUUUGAACUUAAAUAAUGCUGAUUAAAAAUGUAUUUAGUGUUUAAAGAUCUUGUUUUUUUUUUAAUUCACAUGCUUUAUUGAAAUUUUUUGUUUUGUAUUCGUACAUUUAAGGACUAAGAUCUCAUUUGUCAUUUUCUCUAUUACCAUGUGUUCACAUUUACAAGGUUUAUCAGAAGUAUAUAUAUUUUAAAUUUGUAGUGUCAGAAGUUAAAAUGUGUGUUUGAAUAAUUAAUAUUUCCAAACUAUUAUUUAUAUAGUUAUUCUGUAAAAAAUAUUAAAAAAAUUCUAUAUUAUUCUGCUUAUAAAGGUUGAAAUUUUAGCGUAAAUUUGUUACAGCAACGGCGUUAUUGUAUGUUUUUAGUUGUUAUCUUCUUUUUGGCAUAUAUGACUGUUUAAUCUGAAUUGAUUAAUGUUUAACAAAUUAUGAGAUGAAAAACUGUCCUCAAUAUUCAAUAAAUACAGUAAAUUGAAUAAAAGUUUUAAAUCUGAAAUUUCAUAAACCAGUCUACGUUUCAUGAUUUAAAUACUUGCAAAGUUAUCAAAAAAGGACUCUUGAGACUAAAAAAUAAAAUUGUUAUAUGUUAUGCUAAAAUUUAUAGAACAUUUUGGAAUUUUGUCUCCAAGAAGCACUUGCAGUUAUGGAAUAAUUUAAUAGAUACAUGUGUAGAUAUUGUAAUACAUAAAGGUUAUCAUGAAACUUCACAUAAUUUGGACACAAAAUAUUCUUUAUCCCAGAAGUACACAAAGUUACUGUAAACAUGGCAUAUUUCUUUUAACAUAUGAAUUACACAUGAAUUACAUAUGUGUAUUUUUGAUUGUGUGAAAAAUGUUACAAAGAACAUAAUAGUUAUUUGUUGCUUACCAGUAUAACUUAAUUUAUUGAUUAUGAUAUGCGAUAGUGAUACACGUGUGCAAUAAAAUGAUACACAUUGAAA